GACGUCAUUACUAAGAGAAACCGCCAGCGGAGUCUCUUCGGGCGCCAUCUUGAUAUUGAAAUUGUGUAGUUGUAGAAUCUUGAGCCAUCGAGCUUUCUAUCCACUUGUUAACUAAACAUUUUUGAUAAAAUAAGUUACUUUAAGGGUAGAUAAAGCUUUAUAGGUUAUGGCUGAUGGUGAAAAGCUUAAUGUCGAUAGCAUUAUACAGCGACUUUUGGAAGUGCGAGGCUCAAGACCAGGAAAGAAUGUCCAGCUUACAGAGGCAGAAAUCCGAGGGUUGUGUAUCAAAUCGAGAGAAAUUUUUUUGAGUCAGCCAAUUCUUCUAGAACUCGAAGCUCCUCUUAAAAUUUGUGGAGAUAUUCAUGGGCAGUACUAUGAUCUUCUUAGACUAUUUGAGUAUGGCGGUUUUCCACCAGAAUCGAAUUAUCUCUUUUUGGGAGAUUACGUUGAUCGAGGAAAACAAUCGUUGGAGACGAUAUGUUUGCUUCUGGCUUAUAAAAUCAAGUAUCCUGAAAACUUCUUUCUCCUCCGUGGAAAUCACGAAUGUGCGAGUAUAAACCGCAUUUAUGGCUUUUAUGACGAAUGUAAAAGGAGAUACAACAUUAAGUUGUGGAAAACUUUUACGGAUUGCUUCAACUGCCUUCCUGUUGCUGCUAUUUUGGACGAGAAGAUAUUUUGCUGUCACGGAGGCUUAUCGCCCGAUCUGCAAUCUAUGGAACAAAUUCGCCGCAUUAUGAGGCCAACCGAUGUCCCUGACCAAGGAUUAUUAUGUGACCUGCUGUGGUCAGAUCCAGACAAGGAUGUCCAGGGAUGGGGUGAAAAUGAUAGAGGGGUUUCCUUUACCUUUGGUCCAGAUAUUGUUUCCAAAUUCCUUGCCAAACAUGAUCUGGAUCUUAUUUGUAGAGCUCACCAGGUUGUUGAAGAUGGAUACGAGUUCUUCGCUAAGCGACAGUUAGUAACCUUGUUUUCAGCUCCAAAUUACUGUGGAGAAUUUGAUAAUGCUGGAGCCAUGAUGAGUGUGGAUGAAACUCUUAUGUGUUCAUUUCAGAUUCUAAAACCUGCCGACAAGAAGAAGUUCCCUUAUGGGGGUUUGAACUCUGGCCGGCCUGUAACCCCACCUCGUGGACAACAAGGAAAAGGGAAAAAGAAAUGAUACUUUAACCAGAAGAUGUUUGUUCUGUACUGUAAUAUAAUAUUGUUAUACAAGCAAGUUAUUUUCUAGAGUAGCAUGAUGGAUAGAACUUAUGAUAGUAUAUACCCUUGAAAUGUCUUGUUUGAUAAAACAAGAGGAUGCAGAGAAGAGGUUAUCUGGAUGCAUAUGAUAGGAGGGAGCUUGUCUUUUUGAUGAUAUUCUUUUUAUUCUUUGUCACUGGCAUUAUUUUUAUUUGUAGGAUAGAAAUUUAGUUCUUUGUCAAACUGUUGCUGUUAGUAUGUCACUGGAAUUUUCAGUCAGAUUUUUGUUGAAGUUGGGAGAUUGAGAAGUGCUUAUGAAAUUGUUCACUUGAAUAUAGGCAUGAGAUUGACACAAGACCUUGUGAUUGAGACAGUUGUAUUUCCAUAAGACAACUCUACAAAUUUUCAUUUAAGUAUUUGGAGAUAGCUAUGUAUAUACAACAAAAUGGAAAUUGAAUCAUUGUUUUGAGUAAAUCACAGAUCCUGAAAUUCUAGAACUUCUACAUAACAUAUAUAGUACUUUCAUAUUUUCAAAACGUACAGUUGUGAGAUAUUUUCUUCACACCCACUCACUCCCCCCCCCCUCUUACUAGAAUAUACUUUACACCAUGUUAGGCUGAACUUUGUAUGCGUACUAUGGAAAGCCAAAUCAUCGGAAAAGUGUAAUAUAUUAGCAAGGGAUUUUUACUAUCUUUUGUAACAAAUUGAAGAUAGUUUUUGGGUUUAAUGGGAAAGUGUCAGUUUCAGUUAUUGUAUAUGACCUAUAUCUUUAAUCAGGUGAAAUUUGCAUCAGUCGUACUUGCAGCACUUGAUCAGUGUAUAGAACUAUCACCUAUGAAUAGUUUGUAAAUUUUGAGAAGUAGAACAGUGGUUUUAUAUAAGAUCUUGUUGCAGUCUUGAUGGAAUAAAUCCAAACAAGAGCAUUGUGGAGAAAAACUAACUUCAAUGUCAUCUCAUUUGACAAUCCUGUAGUAAUUUUUCAAUGGAUGUUAAUGGUUAAUGCUCUUUUAAACAAAUUGCCCUGGGUUUGGGAAUGUGUUUUUCAUCAAAGGAAAAUAAAUUGAUUAAGCCACAGUUUUUCACUAAG